AGGAAACACUACCACAUAUCCCCUCCACAUUAUAUUUCAUUCGCACCGUCUUCGUAAUUUUUCUUACAACCUCUCGUUCACUUUGUCACAGUCUCUAGCCGCAUUUGGAUACACAUUUAGCGCAGCUCUUGAAAACGAAAUCUAUCCACGAUGGGAAAAGAAAAGAUUCAUAUCAAUAUUGUCGUCAUCGGGCAUGUCGAUUCCGGUAAAUCAACAACAACCGGUCACUUGAUCUACAAGUGCGGUGGUAUCGACAAGCGUACCAUCGAAAAAUUCGAAAAGGAAGCCCAGGAAAUGGGUAAAGGUUCCUUCAAAUACGCGUGGGUUUUGGAUAAAUUGAAGGCCGAACGUGAACGUGGUAUCACCAUUGAUAUUGCCUUGUGGAAAUUCGAAACUUCAAAAUACUACGUAACCAUCAUUGAUGCCCCCGGACAUCGUGAUUUCAUCAAGAACAUGAUUACUGGUACGUCACAAGCUGAUUGUGCUGUGUUGAUCGUAGCUGCUGGUACUGGUGAAUUCGAAGCUGGUAUCUCAAAGAACGGACAGACUCGUGAGCACGCUCUUUUGGCCUUCACCCUCGGUGUCAAGCAAUUGAUCGUCGGUGUUAACAAAAUGGAUUCCACUGAACCACCGUUCAGCGAGAACCGUUAUGAGGAAAUCAAGAAGGAAGUGUCGUCUUACAUCAAGAAAAUCGGUUACAAUCCAGCUGCUGUUGCUUUCGUACCAAUUUCGGGAUGGCACGGUGAUAACAUGUUGGAACCAUCAACCAACAUGCCAUGGUUCAAGGGAUGGAAGGUCGAACGUAAGGAAGCCAACGGUGAAGGCAAGUGCUUGAUCGAAGCUUUGGACGCUAUCCUUCCACCAUCCCGUCCAACCGACAAAGCUCUCCGUCUUCCACUCCAAGACGUAUACAAAAUCGGCGGUAUUGGAACAGUGCCAGUCGGUCGUGUCGAAACUGGUGUCUUGAAACCGGGUACCGUUGUCGUCUUCGCUCCAGCUAACAUCACCACUGAAGUUAAGUCCGUUGAAAUGCAUCACGAAGCUCUCACUGAAGCCGUUCCCGGAGACAAUGUUGGUUUCAACGUCAAGAACGUAUCCGUUAAGGAAUUGCGUCGUGGUUACGUUGCUGGUGACUCAAAGGCCAAUCCACCAAAGGGCGCCGAAAACUUCACCGCUCAAGUCAUCGUCCUCAACCAUCCCGGUCAAAUUUCCAACGGUUACACACCAGUGUUGGAUUGUCACACCGCUCACAUUGCUUGCAAGUUCGCCGAAAUCAAGGAAAAGGUUGACCGUCGUUCGGGCAAAUCGACCGAAGACAAUCCAAAAGCCAUCAAGUCCGGUGAUGCUGCCAUUGUCAUCCUUCAACCAUCCAAACCAUUGUGUGUCGAAUCCUUCCAAGAAUUCCCACCGUUGGGACGUUUCGCCGUUCGUGAUAUGAGACAGACCGUUGCCGUUGGUGUCAUCAAGUCCGUAGUGUUCAAGGAUGCUAGCGGUGGUAAAGUAACCAAGGCCGCCGAAAAGGCCACCAAGGGCAAGAAAUAGCUACCCAAUCUGAAUGACCAACUUAACACGCUAUUAUUAACAUCCAGAUGGUUUAUGAAAAAAUGUCAUUGCUUCCAUCGUAAAGAAUUUCGCAGGAAAAACAACUCAUUCCGUAUUUUACAAGAAAAUAUAUUCUACUCAGCCUUUUUUAUGAUAAAAUGAAAUUAUUAAAUUAUUCUACGAAUCAAAGGAAUUUAUAUAUUUUUUCUAUAUAUAAAUGCACAUGCGCUCUCAAGAAAACAUAAAGAUGAAACAAAACAAUUGUAAAGAGCAAGCAGAAAAUAUUUUUUUUUGUAAUAUCGAAAAACACCUUGAUCCCAUGUAAAAUAGUUUUUUCAAGAGUAAUUUUUCUCUCCAUUUAUUUACACAAUUAAAGAAAAGCAAAACAGAGAGAGGUGGUAAACAUUCAAUUUAUAUAUGCAGUGCAUAAAUCGCAUUUAGGUAGUAGAACAAAUUUAAUUAAAGAAAAAAUAAGAGCGAAUGAAGUUAAAUCACCAAAAUUUAAAUUAACCAGGACAAGCAAAGGAAAGAAUUUUAACGAUGCACAUUUUUGUAAGUAAAUCAUUUGAUAAAAAUAAAAGAAAAAAAAAUUUGAGGAAGCUAAA